AUGACAGAUUUAAAUGCAGAACAUGAAGGCACUGCACCAUCAUUCCCUAUAGCACCGGAUAACGCUUCUAUAAUUACAAAUAUAUUACCCAUCCCCUCACAAGAAGAGCUCGAUAUUAUAACCGGCAAAAAACACAAAUUUAUACGUCUUAAACGUAUUCCUCUAAUACCACAACUUAUCUCGAAAAUUUAUAAGCGCAAAGAAAACUCAAUUCCUAUUCACAAACUUUUUCGCUUUGCUUCUAAAUUUGAUUUAUUUCUUAUCUUUUGCGCUGUGAUUUGUUCGGCAGGGACGGGCGCCAUUCAACCUAUAAGUAUUAUCUUUAUGGGUAAUCUUUUAACUGAUUUGUCUGGUAGUUUGUCACAGCCUUCCCAAUUGUUAGAUGCUUGUCGUCCUGUCAUCCUUAUAUUUGUGUAUAUUGGUACAGCAACUAUGAUUGCUUCUUAUAUUUCAAAUUGUUUUUGGAUUAUGGCUGGAGAGAACCAAGCGCAGAGAAUAAAAAGAAAAUACAUGCAUUCAAUUAUGUAUCAGGAUAUGGCUUGGUUUGAUAAGGCUGAUGAUGGUUCUUUAGUGACUCGACUUAGCUCAGAUAUUCAAUUGAUUCAGGAUGGUAUUUCAGAAAAGUUUGGUCUAUUUAUUGUUUGUCUUGUACAGUUCGUUACAGGCUUUAUUGUUGCUUUUGUAGAAGGUUGGAGGUUAGCAGUAAUCAUGUUAGUGACAAUACCAGUAAUGGGACUUACAGGUGCUCUUAUGGGUUACUUUAUUACUAAAUAUACACUACGUUCUCAAGAUGAAUAUGCAAGUGCUGGAUCCAUCGCUGAACAAGUCUUUUCGGGUAUACGUACUGUAUAUUCAUUUUCGCUACAAGAUCGAUUCGGCAGUCUCUAUGAAAAAAAGCUAGAUAAAGCUUUAAAAGCUGGUAUUAAGCGAGGCACCGUCUUGGGUGUAGGAUUUGGAGCUUUUAUCUUCAUUUUGUUUUCUACAUAUGGCUUGACAUUCUGGUAUGGUGGUCGUCUCAUUCGACAAGGAGAUAUUGAAGGCCCUACUGUGAUGGUUGUGUUUUAUAGUAUGAUGAUCGGUGCUAUGUCACUACUGAUGUUACCUCCAAAUUUAUCAGCGGUCUCAAGCGCUUGCGGUUCAGCGUAUAAGAUCUUUUCUACUAUUGAUCGUAUCCCUGAAAUCAACAGGGAACAAGGUCCUCGAAAAGUUGUUGAUAACCUCAUGGGUGCUAUUGAAUUUCGUCAUGUCAAGUUCAGCUAUCCUACUCGACCAAAUUUGGUGAUUCUAAAAGACUUAUGUUUGUCAGUAAAACCAGGACAAACAGUAGCCUUUGUGGGCGCUUCAGGUUCUGGUAAAUCAACAUCUAUUCAACUUCUUCAGCGAUUUUAUGACCCUAUAAAUGGUAACAUUUUACUGGACGGUGUCGAUAUUAAGGAUCUUGAUUUAAUAUGGCUUCGUCAGCAAUUGGGCGUUGUCUCUCAGGAACCAGUUUUGUUCAAUAUGUCCAUUCGUCAAAAUCUAUUAUUAGGUGUUUCAGAAGAUAGUAAAGUCACAGAAGAAGACCUCAUACGUGCUUGUACUGAGGCUAAUUGUCAUUCAUUUAUUUCAAAAUUGCCUGAUGGUUAUGAUACUCUUGUAGGUGAUCAGGGGAGCAUGCUUUCUGGAGGUCAAAAACAACGUAUCGCAAUUGCUCGUGCUAUUUUGAAGAACCCACCUAUUUUGUUAUUAGACGAGGCUACAUCUGCAUUAGAUACACAAUCCGAAAGAUUAGUUCAAAAGGCAUUAGAUGCAGCCUCUGCAAAACGUACUACUAUUGUCAUCGCUCAUCGUCUCUCUACAAUUCGUAAUGCAGAUCUUAUUGUAGUUAUGAAUCAUGGGCAACUUGUUGAAAGCGGUACUCAUCAAGAACUCAUUCAUCUUGGUGGUAUAUAUGCUGAACUUGUCAAAAAACAAGAAAUUGCUUUACAACAAAAAGCAGCUCAAAAAAACACCUCUGAUUCUGAAAAGCCUUUUGAGGAUCAGCCAGAUGAAGAUGAACUUCUUCUUCAAAAGCUACACAAAAAAAACCAAACUAUUAUCAACAAAAAAGACGUUUCAGUAAUGAUGAUGGAGCAUGCUGAUAAUAAUGAAAAACGACCUUCAACUAUUGCCAAUAGUAAUACAUAUAGUAGCUUACAUACAGCUACAAAUGAAAACAACCUUUAUGCUUAUGAGCUUAAAAUUCAACGUGAAAAACAGAAUAAAAAGGAAAUCAAGAAACGAUCCGCACCAGUUAAACGAGUCUUAUUUGAUAUGCGACCAGAAUUUCCUCGUCUUGUAUUAGGGUGUAUCGGAGCUGCCAUUGCUGGUGCUAUCUUUCCUAUUUAUUCUUUGUUAUUUGCCAAAGUUAUCACAAUCAUUACUAUACCAGGUCAUUCAGAUCUUUAUAAUACAGGACCUUUUAAAGGGAUCAACCUUUAUGCCUUUUUAUUUGUUGUUAUUGGUAUUGUUGGGUUCAUUGGAUUUGCUUUACAGGUUGUUUCCUUUGAAGUAGCUGGUGAAUACUAUACUCGACGUCUUAGGGCAGCGGUGUUUCGUACUUAUAUGAAGCAGGAGGCUGGAUUUUUUGAUCAAGAUGAAAAUCAUGCUGGUGCACUUACAUCCAGAUUAGCCGUCGAUGCCAAGAAUGUCAAUGAAAUGGUAACUAAAGUCUGGGGUGAUGUUAUUCAAGUUACUGUUACAUGCAUUGUUGGUUUAGUUAUUGCAUUUGUCUACAGCUGGAUAUUAACAUUGAUUAUAUUAUGUUUGGUACCCUUUAUUUUGGGUGCUACUUCUCAAGAAGCUCGUAUUCAUCGGGGUUAUGAAGAUGGUACAAAACGAGCUAAUGCUCAAUCAGGUGAAGUAGCUGGAGAAGCAAUUAAAGAAAUACGAACUGUAACAGCUCUUAAUCGUCAAAAAUUUUUUGAAGAUCGAUAUGAUCUCGCUAAUAAAAGACCGCACAAGAUGGCUAUCCGUCGUGCCUAUCUUUCUUCUAUUGGUUUCGGACUUUUACGUGGUAUCAUGAUUUAUACCAGUGCUGUUGCCUUUUACGCAGGUAUUCGACUAAUUAUGGAUGGACGAAUUGAAUUUCUUGAUAUGUUCACCUGUAUGAUGUCUAUCAUGAUUACCGCUCAAACAGCCGGUCAUGGAUCUGUUUUUACCUCUACAUUUAGUAAAGCUAAAGUGGCUGCUAUUGCUAUUUUUGACAUCAUGGACCGUAAGCCUGUAAUCGAUCCAGAAAUGGAAGGUAUUGAGCCAUCAGUUGGUAGUCUCGAAGGCGAUGUUGAUUUUAAGGAUAUAGCCUUUAGUUAUCCCUCAAGGCCUAAUAAUCCAAUAUUUACUGGACAAUUCAACUUGCAUGCCGAAAAAGGUAUGACAAUUGCUUUGGUGGGUCCUUCAGGUUGUGGCAAGUCAACAACGAUUGGCAUGUUACAGCGUUGGUAUGAUCCCUUUGGUGGCCAGAUAUCGUUAGAUAAUUAUAAUAUUCAAUCAUUUACAUUGCGUAAUUUGAGAUCACAUAUGGCCUUGGUUGGUCAAGAGCCUGUUUUAUUUGAUAUGAGUAUUGGUGAUAAUGUUCGAUUUGGUAUUGAUAACCGAUAUAAUAUUACUAAACAUGAAGGAGACGGCGAUGAUUAUAGUGUGAGUCAAGAAGAAGUAGAGGAAGCAUGUCGACAGGCUAAUAUUCACGACUUUAUUAUGACAUUACCUGACGGCUAUAAUACACGUGUUGGUGACAAGGGAUCACAGUUAUCGGGUGGACAAAAACAACGUAUUGCAAUUGCACGUGCCUUGAUUCGAAGGCCAAAAUUAUUACUUUUAGAUGAAGCAACAUCUGCUCUUGAUAGUGACUCUGAAAAGGUGGUACAGGAAGCACUUGAUAAGAUUAUCGAACAGGGAGGUAGAACAACGAUUACAAUCGCACAUAGACUAUCUACAAUUCAAAACGCGGAUCUUAUUUGUGUUGUAAAGGAUGGUGUUGUUGCUGAACAAGGUACACAUUGGGAUCUCUUAUCUCUUAACGGUAUAUAUAGUAUUUUAGUUCAUGAACAGUCUUUACAAGCGUAG